AACCUAAAAGUAAAAUUGUACAAUAUCUUAUCAUUGUGAAAGCGAAAUAUAACAUUUUUUUAAUAGGAAGAUUGGAUGGAAGACCAAAGUCAAUAGGCCCUGCCUCCCACAGCCUUCAAAACCCAUACGCUCACGCUUUCCAUUCCCAUACUCCUUUUUUUCUCCAACUCAUACAUCAUCGCCCAUAUCCCAAAUUCCCAUUCCCCAAUUUCUCAUCCGCCGCCGCAUAGCCAUCCCAAAUGCCCCUUCAAGAUUCCGCCGCCGGGAGCGGCUACCCGCUUCCCCACCCACCACCGCCGCCGAAGCCAGAGGCUAAACUCCUCUCUCUGCUUCUCAAGGUUACCGUCAUGAUCUUCUUUACCACCCUCUUCUUCGUCUUCCUCGGCCUCGCCACUGCCCUCCUCCUCUUCCACCUCUGCAUCGCCAGCGCCCUCCAUCGCCGCCGUGCCCAAUACCCCGAUUCCUCAUCUGGGUUCUCCCGUCGUGACCUCAAAAAGCUCCUCCAGUUCCAAUUCUCUAAUGGGGUCAAUCCCCAUUCCCAAAUUGAUUGCUCUAUUUGCCUCGAUGGGUUUAGAAAGGGUCAGUGGUGUAGAAAACUUGGUGGGUGUGGCCAUGUUUAUCACCGGAAAUGCAUCGAUUCGUGGUUAGUUAGGGUUUCUACUUGCCCCCUUUGCCGCCGCUGCGUUCGAUUGGAUAUGGAAGAACAUAAAAUUAAUUGUGUAAGCCCUCGCAACUAUGAGAUUUUUUAUGCUCUGUAACCAUAACUCUUGUUUAGUUUCUUCUUGUUUUGGCUCUUUUUCCCCCUUAUAGAUGUAUAUAAGGUUUUCUAUUUGUUGGUUCUGAUAUUGCUCUGUUUUCUCUGUUUCUACGAUGCUUUUGCUUUUGGUUCUUGUUUUUGUUCAUUACUUUUGAGAUUCCUUUUUGAAUUAAUCAUAUUCAAACCUCUUAAAGAUACAAUGAAUUAAUUGGACUUUUAUUCUUUACUUGUGAGCUGAAAUUUUUGUGGAGAACAGAGGUUCUAACUUUUGACGAAAGAUAUAGAGUUGAAAUGUUGAUUGAAUUGUGAUUGGAAGAAAACUUUUGUUCAAAACUUAGAAUUGGUCCCAAAACUAAAUUGCGUGGAAAAGUGGUGUGGUGUGAGUAUUGGUCAUCAAGUUUGAAUAUUGACUUGUUCUAGUUAUGAUACCCAUUUAUAUAGAGUUUACCACCUUGGGGACCUGUCCAAAAUCAACCCCAAAAUGGCCUAACAUUAAGAAUGAGGGCGGCUUUGAGAUGUCUUUUGAAAAGUAUUUAUAAUAUUCGUUAAAUUAUGUCACGUGUAUCUCUUAAUUUUAAUACAUCUUAUUAAAGUUAUUUACAUGUUAUUUUUCUCUUAUAAGAUUAUCUCAAUCAUUGGUUU